AUGCAUUAAAUACAUGACUUGCAUCUUUUCGUAUUCCUGUUUGCCAGGACUCCAUUUUCUCUGAAUGGCUGCAAAUCAGAGAGAGUCCACGCUCGAUCACGUUCCCCUCUUCGCCAAGGAACUUCUCGCCGGCGGACUCGCCGGCGGCUUUGCUAAAACCGCCGUUGCUCCUCUUGAACGCGUCAAAAUUCUCUUCCAGACCCGAAGAGCCGAGUUUCAUAGCACGGGACUGUUCGGAUCAGUUUCAAGAAUUGCCAAAACCGAAGGUCUUUUAGGUUUCUACAGGGGUAAUGGAGCAAGUGUUGCGAGGAUUAUUCCUUAUGCAGCUCUUCAUUUUAUGUCCUAUGAGGAAUAUCGCAGAUGGAUUGUGCACAUUUUUCCUAAUGUUUGGAAAGGUCCUACCCUUGACCUUAUGGCAGGUUCACUCUCCGGAGGCACGGCUGUGAUUUUUACUUAUCCACUCGACUUAAUUCGGACUAAGUUAGCUUAUCAGGUUGUUAGUCCAACCAAGUUGAAUGUUGUUGGGAUUGUAAAUAAUGAACAAGUUUAUAGAGGGAUCCGUGAUUGUCUUUCGAAAACUUAUAAAGAUGGUGGCAUUAGAGGUCUCUAUAGGGGAGUAGCUCCAACACUCUUUGGAAUAUUUCCAUAUGCCGGUUUGAAAUUCUACUUCUAUGAGGAAAUGAAGCGCCAUGUCCCUGAGGAUUACAAGAAAGGCAUCAUGGCGAAACUCACAUGUGGAUCCGUGGCCGGUUUAUUGGGUCAGACUUUCACAUAUCCUCUUGAAGUUGUCAGGAGGCAAAUGCAGGUUCAAAAACACACGGCAUCCGAUGAAGCUGAAUUGAAGGGGACUUUGCGAUCUAUGAUUUUCAUUGCUCAAAAGCAAGGCUGGAAGACGCUGUUUUCAGGGCUGAGUAUCAAUUACAUAAAGGUUGUUCCAUCUGCGGCGAUUGGGUUCACAGUUUAUGAUACUAUGAAAUUGUGGCUGAGAGUACCAUCAAGAGAUGGAUCAAACUAACAAAUGAAUCAGCCAACCAUCCUCGUAGUAGGAAUAACCUGUCCUAACUCUUCACAGGCUUCAAACUGGCUUUUUCUCAUUCAAUUCACAUUGUUGUUCACAUAUUAUUUUAGCUGCACAUUGCCACAUAUUAUUUUAGCUGCACAUUGCAGUCUUUCGAAUUGUACAUAGAUAGAGGUUAUGAUGCACACUCAUUAAGAUCUUCUUGAUUUUAAUAGAGUAGGAAAUGAUUUUUAUGUUGUUUAGGAAAGAAUGGUUAUGUAUGAACAAUUAAAGAAUAAAUUGCACUUUUUGAAUGUGCAAGUAGAGAGAAUGAUUUAGAAAUGUUGACAGUCACAUCCUUUCAGAGAA